AUGGGCAACCUCCUCUCCUCGCUGCUGCCGGCGCGCGCCCAGAAGCGCCUGAACCGGCUGUGGGCGAACGGCUAUUGGCUGUGCAGCAACGUCGCCUGGAUGGCGGCGACCGCCGCCAUCACGCUCGCUGCCCCAGUCAUUUUCCACUACGAGAAAGAGUGUCAGCUCUUCGAGACGCAGGCGCAGUUCUACCAGCAGCAGCAGGCGCUUCUCAGCGCCGGAGUGACGGGUGCUGCAGCCGCUGCCGGAGCGCCCCCCGCCGUCUAA